CAAAAGUCACAAAACAGGCAGGGGGCGCUUCAAUUUGUGGACAGCGCAAGGCGCUCCAAGCAAGGCAAUGGCAACAGCAAGUCCACUUAAGAACACCCGCCUUUCUGUAGCCAGUCCCUCUCGAAAAGUGGUCGCGUCUUCAGGCGGCUCAUUGGGCAGAACGGGGCUGGCUGGGCCCUCAUCAAAGCUGCGCUGUGCUGAAAGGACCAGCCUGCAACACCCCUCUCCUACCAAAACGGCUUACAAGGGGUGCGCAUUGAUAUGUUCCAGCACCCUACUGGUUGGUAGUUUUAGGCAGGGCAAGCGGACUGACUUUUGCGGGGCGCCUGGAGUUGCUGUCUUGUCUUGUAAAAGAACGAGGUUCCAUCAAAGGCAUGUUGAAAGCGAUGCUUGUAAGAAAGCCUUUCAGAGGCCUGUUGCGACUGCAUCAGUGAGCCAGGAAGAGCGACUGGGAAGGGCAAAAGCCAGUGAUGCGGAAACGCUGAUUGACGGUCAGGAAGAACUGGAAAACUCCCAGAAAGCAGCGUCUGCAAAUGACUUCACUGACAAGAAGUUGUGCACAGAAUGCGGGGUCCAGAAGCCCCUACGAAACUUUGGGAAGCUGGUCUCGAGUGCUGAUGGGAGACACCUUUUGUGCCGAGCGUGCCUCGCAAAGCGCCGGGCGCAGGAGAAGGGCAUUGAGCUGUAUCACCUCGCUAUGCCGGUAGCUGAAGCGUGGGAGCAAGCGAGGGAGUGCCUUCGGUGCAAGCAAGUCCAGGAAGUGCCAAAUAUUGAAGCUCUGGCAUUGCUUCAAAGACCGGGGUCGUCCGCUGACGUCACGUUAGCACUUUGGCAGGCAGCCCCGCGAUACAGCACUCUGCUGCAUGGCCCGCUGCAGACACACACAGAAUUGAUCCGCGUUGACGGGCGGAGCCCCAAGAGCAAACGACUUGUCGCUUCUGAUAGUGAGCGUACGGAGGGCUUGUGCGGCGGGGUCUCUUGGUUGGCAGUUCGAAACUCCGACGUGUACCGGCCAACAAGCUGGAGUGUUCAAUUAAGAUGUGCAGACCAGGGAGGCACGUGAGCGAAGCAGCAUGCACGUUAAUAAACCGCCAUGUAAUCCGUUGUUUGAAGAUGAGGAGUCGUUGGAGAUGAUGCCAUCGUAAGAAUCUGAACCUCUGCGUAGGAAGAGAGGGCUACAGACUUGAUUAUUGACCCAUCUCGCUGCCAAGCAGAGCUUGUUUCACGACCUUUG